GUAGUGCAUUCAUAGUAAAUGAGUUUUGGUCUGCAUGGUGGAGUUUGGGCCGCUUGGAUUCCAUUGUCGUUCCCCGCUGAGGUGCCUGGGGGGUCUUCUGCUGUAGCCUUUUCCUGGUGAGGCCUGCAGGCUAUUCUGCAGGCGCGCCCCGUGCCGGCCAAUGGGGUGGGUGACUCGGCAAGUGCGGAGGGUGCGGCCCCUCCGGUUCCUGGCACUUGCCUGCCUGGUCACUUUCGUGUGGCUCCAGAUGCGCCUUACGCUGCUCGGCCAAGUUUCCAUCGAGGUUGGCUCACCAAGCUCCUCUGCCUCCGCCCAGCCGAACCACACGUGGGCCCUCUUCAACAGCACGCGGGAGGUUGAGAUCCUGCGCGAGUAUGUCGCGCAGCUCAACCAGGCGCAGAUGAUCCACAACCUGGAGCUGUUUGGGCCGCUGCAGCCGGACGACCCCGUGAUAGUGAUUCAGGUGCACAACCGGUGGCACUACCUGGUCGCACUCAUUGAUUCACUCCGCACUGCACGCGACAUCAACCGCACCCUAGUCAUCUUCAGUCACGACGAGUACAGCCCCAUUGUCGAGAGCCUGCCAUACAAAGUCGACUUCUGCAAGAUGAUGCAGAUCUUCCUGCCCCAUUCCAUCCAGCUGUACCCAAACCAAUUUCCCGGCCAAGACCAGAACGACUGUCCCCGAAACAUCAAGAAGGAAGACGCGAUCAAACUAGGAUGCAACAAUGCCUUGCAUCCGGACAGUUUCGGCCACUACCGAGAAGCCAAGUUUUCCCAGACGAAGCAUCAUUGGUGGUGGAAGAUGAACCGUGUAAUGGAUGGCCUGAAUGUCACAAAAGAUCACGCUGGACCGUUCAUUCUUUUGGAGGAGGACCACUACACGGCUCCCGAUUUCCUGCACGUACUGCAACUUAUGAAAGCUGAACAGCAAACCGGUCACAAACAGUGUUCCAUGUUGGUCCUAGGAAGUUACGCAAAGUCCUUCAACUAUCACAUUACGGGAAACCAGGUCGAGAUUCUCCAGUGGUCUUCCAGCAAGCACAACAUGGGAAUGGUCCUCUACAGAGACCUAUGGGUCACAAUCCGCGACAACUGUUCAAAUAUGUUCUGCCACUUUGAUGACUACAACUGGGACUGGUCGCUGUACCGGGUCAGCACGAUGUGCCUCUCGGCGCCCAUCCAGGCCAUGGUGGUCAAGUCGACCCGCGUCUUUCAUACUGGCGAGUGUGGCGUGCACCACCGGAGUAAGAACUGCUCGAGUCAGAAGAUGGUGCAACAGGCGAGAAACGUGAUUGGCUCCGCCCACUCAUACUUGUUUCCCAAGAGCAUUCAGGUCAAGCACGGCAUGCAGCGCAACCUGAAGCCGCCAAAGGGUAACGGGGGCUGGGGCGACGUCCGAGACCACCAACUCUGUCUUAGAAGCAGCUCUGUCUCCACUGUGCACAGGUAGCACCUGUAGUGUUGCGGGUAUCCACCUCCCCUCUUCCAGUCGUCUCUCUUCCGGUACGAAAGGUAUCUUUCCAGCUCGCGUUGCGCCGAGGCCACCAGAUGGCACUGUCUCUUGAGGGGGAAAAGGUGUCCCGGCUGUCAGGUGAUGCUUUCCUCGUUCAUCUAGGGAUGUUUUAUGAAGUGUGCGUGUCAUAUGUAUAGUACCUGUGAAUCGAGGUCUCGUAUCUCUCGGAUUUACCUCGUCCGGUUGUGUCGCAGUUCUGAGCGGUUGGGCUCCUGCAGGAACUGAAAUUUGGGUUAGUUUGUAGGCAUUCAUGUUGAACAUGUAGCGCAAAAGACAGGGACACAAGAAGGAAGAAGACGACCAGAUGAGUGCUAACUUCAAACUAAAGCUUAUUCUCAGAAAUCCCGCCUAUUUAUGAAACAACGCUGAUCCCAAAGUAUGUCAUCAUGCAUGCACACCUCAUCCUGCACUCAUAACGAUAAAUUUUAUUGUACUUUAUCGUUAUGAGCCCGGGAUGACUGGAAAAAAGUUCCAUGCAGUAGAAGCAGGCGUCGUUUGCAAUUUGUUGAGCCCUCAACUGCACUGCUCCGAACUCGGGCACAAUUUGCACAGGCAAAUUGAGGAGACCUUUCGUAUACCUGCUGUCUCAACUGAAUGUUGCCAAGUUGCCAAGUCUCUCAUAACAAUCCAGGUGUAAUUCAGAAAUUUGUUGGCUAUUUAUAAAGGCUCAGAUUGGCUUUUUGUCAUGAGGUAACACUUUCACAGUUCUUUACUUGAGACAUGUAAUUAGGCUGCAUUCAGAGUGCAGAAGAAUUGGGGGCUGCGUUUUUCCUUGUUUCAAAGGCUUAAAUUCUGUGCUUCAGAAAGAUUGUGUGAAUCUCAUGACAUCUACUCGACUUUGUUAUUUAUCGUGAUCUGAUACUUUCCAAAUGGCACCUUGGCCGUUAGGUUAGAUGUUAAGUUAGGCAAUUUUAUCAAGUGUAAGAGAGAACUAUUAGUAACAUAUAGCCAAUACCAUUUGUGUAGGCUCCAUAAUGUGUUAUUUUUCCUUUUUUUAAAAAAUAAUUGAUGACAUUCAGUUGAGACAGUUAAUGCACAAGAUAUGCGUGCUCGGAAAGGGCGAUGAGCUGCCCCCCGUUUACACCAUCUUGUGUCGCUUGUGUAAAAAAGAAAAAAGUUAACGUGCAUCAAUAUAUAUGCAAGGUAUUGCUGAACAUAAGUAUCCACUGACCACUUGCACGGUUCUUCGAAAGUGCUAGUGUUUUCUAUCGUGUUUAAUGCAGAGCUGCAGAUGGUGAUACCUGCCCCACAGCGAGGGAUGUUUUUCUCACCUUGUUUUUAUUGUUUGGGUAUCGGUCUUCGAGUUGCUAAGGAAACCAAAGAAAUCAGUGUUAUACACUUCGCAUUUACACACAGUGCAGCCCGGCAUUGCUCUUCAGUUCCACUAAGCAGAGCAGCAGUGCAAUCCGUUGGCUGUAGUACUGUUCACUGCACUUAAUUGCUUAUCCGCCAUUGUUGUGUGGUGAUUUUAUAAACAUACACUUUCACUAUCUCCACAAAGGCCACAAGUGACUCUUCAUUGUAAGAAUCACUUUAGGGGCACUUUUGCAAUGCAAUACCUCUUCGCAUUUGAAGCAUGAAAAAGAAAAAUCCGGGCCAGCCAUGUAUGAAAUGUAAGGAUUGGCAUUCUGGCAUUACUGAGUGCUGGAAUUAGAGUAAAUUUCACGCGCUUUGUUCACAUUGUUAGCAUCGACACUUCUUAAAAAAAAAGUAAAUUUACCGAGGCCAGAUAUAUGCCCAGAAUCUUGAUUGCAGUGACCAUCACAGCGAAAGAUUGCACUGUUCUGCGUUGUCAUGUGUCGGAAAGAAGCAUUCGUUAACUAGCAUGAAAGCUUUAGUUAUGUUUAGUUAGUUAGCUUUAGUUAAACAGCUGCACAUUUUAGCGUUGAUCUUCCGUGCAUGUCUGUUACCCCGUGACGGUUGAUACAGACCAGCGAAACUAAACAUUUGUUGUCCUUUCGUUAUCGGCACACUAGCGAGCUCUUGUUUUAAGCUGCUUGGAAAGACUGUUCAACAUUACCGCGAACUUCAGGUCACGACACUGCCAUACUUUUUUUCAUAAUGGCAGCUGCUCUGAAAUGUCUGUAAAGUGUCACUUGAAUGCCAACGGUACGUAUCGGAUGUAUGUACUAUAUGUCUCUGAAGGUUACUGACACCCUUUGUUUGACAUACGUAUUGUUGGUGGGUUAUACAUGGUAUUAGUGGUAUUAUAUUUCUGCGGGAAAUGUCGUCAUGCACUAAGAAAUGUGAAAAAGCUGCACUGCUGUGUGUUUUUGUUUGAAAGAACAUUUUUGGCUUACGGAUAACAUCCCUCAUAACGAUGUUUAUCUUUGGGAAUUAUACUUAGCCAGCCCACGCAGCUCUUUCAGUGUCCUUGAAAGCAGUCUUUUAGAAUCGGCCAUCUUCUUACAUUGUUUCGAGUGUCAACACAUUUUAUUUAUUGCUUUAAAAAUGAAUUCAUCGAGGUGCACGACAUAUUGUGAAGCACUUUCAAGGUAGGCAUUGUCGUAUUGCGUUUUAGGGGAAAAGCCCAAAGGUAAAUGUUUGUUGAUUUUGUUGUUCGUUUCACGCUGCACUUUUUUAAUAUUCAAGGCACUUCGAAUGUUGUGAAUACUGGUUUUCUUUCUUAAUGCUUUGAGGUCUGUUGCAGCUUGUUUUGUAGCAUUCUUCUUGUAGUCCAGGAUGACGUGAAAUUUGCUGCGUUAUUUUGCAGCACCUGGAUGACUUAAAUCUUUUGUUUUACUGGUUUUCGUUUUGGUCACCUGGUUUUUUUUCUGCAAGUCGUUCUCAUAUUGCAGUAUACAGUUCACUGCAGCAUUCGUUAGUGACCGGUUGCUGUUUUAAAAUGCCCAAAGACUUUUUGUUCAGUGUCAUCCUAGAAUGAGCUGCUUUUUUAGAUGCCCAAAGAUAUUGUUUUGAAUAUAUCUUUUUUCUUCUUGUAUAUAUAAACUUCAUUCUUGUUGUUACUUUUUAUUCAUGUUCUGUUUUGCUUGUUUGUCUUCUUUGCAUUUGUUGUAAUCUCUUUUUACACCUGCUGUUUAUUUCAAGAUUUUCCUUGCCGGGACACGGUGGUUGCUGUUAUGCAUUGCGUUUUAUGUUGCCAUAUUUUACUGCGUGUUGUAACCGGGCAGGCACUACACAGUAAUUUGCGCCAGGUUUAUUGAAUUCAUUUAAUAUUGGUGCUUUCGCGCAGCCCUUCAUUUCUGUACAUAUUCGUUGAUUUUUUUUCGUGUAUGUUUUUUUACUGAAGAAGGAAAUGCGUGCAAAGGCAACGACAUGCCUGUUGCAGUUAAACCAAAUAUCAUUACAGCUUUCGGUGCUUAUUUAACCAAGUCAUUUAAGUAAUUUUAGCUUAGUAUGUAUUGCUUCAGGGGUUCUCCAGACAUUUCUUUUUGUUGUGAACUCAAUAAGUGUUCAAGGGUGAAAUACGUGAACAGGCAUGCUGCCUUGAGUAUAUUUGGACUGAUUUAAAUGUGCACUUAAGCUGGGCAAGGCUUGUCCCUGUUGAGGGUAAUAUAUAUAUGUAGUGACUACAUAUUUUGUCACAGACAUAUUACUAACGGUAUCUUGAAGGCGGAAAAGGGAAGUUGGAGUUCUGACUGUCAAGUGUCACUGUGUGGCAUAGGAAGUCUCUUGGAUUAUGAUUAUCACUCUCAUAAAAGAACUAUUAAUGAAAAUUCUCGUUCAUGAUAUUGAUUGACCUCUGUGCGUAGCGAUGAAUUGGCACUGCUUGCUUCGCACUGCGUGACCGUGUAAAGCCUGGCAAACAAUUUAAUAGACUUGCCAAAGCUAACCUAGUAAGUAAGAAACAUAGCUUGGCCAAAUUUAACUCAAAUAGAGUGGAAUAUUUCACAGCAACAUACCGUUUUGCCUAAAAAUUCAGCUUCUAUUGGACUUAAUAUACACUGAACGCAGGAUAUCCGUAUGCUUGUUGGGAAAGUGUUAAAAAAAAUUGGUUGUGACUGUCGAUUAGACUACCUUGUUUGCGCUGAGCAGAGAAUAACUUUUAAGCUGCUUCUCUUUCUGCCUACAAGAGUUAUCAAUCUGCAGCUCCUGAAAUAUUGCACAUCACAAAAGUUUGAGUGUCGGUAAAGUAGAAAAAUCAUACAAGAAAAGCCUUAAGUAGGCCAGCUUUGCCCAGCUUUAAAAAGAAACGGAAGAAAAAAAAAGAAUGUUAGAGCCCAAGAAAAAGCAAGCGCGACGAAAAUAAGCCCAAAUUUACGUGCUUAUAAGAAGUGGAACUGGCCCCUCUUCUUCAAAGCCAAUGCGAAGUCUACAAUUUAUUUUCUUUGUUUCUUUUUUUAAUAGCUUUUACUUCAUGUACACACAUUUUUUUAGGCUCGCAUGUAGCUAAGUCACUGAGCUUGUCAGUUUCAAAUACGUUCGCAUUAUUGAUGCUUUAGUCUGGGGCACGCAUUUUGCGUAUACUGUAAUCAUGAAAUGUGUUUGCUGUCGCCAAACAACUCUUACGAAAAUGAUUGCUUCGAUACGUAAGUGUAAGGCUCUUUGCCUUUGCAGCUUAGCAUCAGUGUAACCUUUUGUGUGUGCGCGUGUAUUCUUUUAUAAGCUGAGCACCAAAGUCAAUUUUUCAAGUAGCAAGCAAGUGCUUCACUUUAUUUAUUAUUACGCAUGUCCAGCAGGGUAUUAUGCUUUAUUUGUUGCGAGGUCAUGUGAACUUUCUCAGGCCUGAAAGCACUUGCAAUGGGACUUUACAUCUCUUGUCUGCAGCAAGUGCAUGGCGUUGCAUGUUUCCGUAUUGUCUCGUGGACUACUGGCAUGCAAAAGCCGUGACGUGCCACAGCGUAGGCCUAAAUGCGGACAGUACUAUUUCAGGCACACGCAUAUUUCCUUGAAGACGUAACACUCCUUCAAAACAACUGAAGAAGUACUUCAAUUUGCCAGAAUAUAUGCAUCCCAACUUGUUUAGCAGUUUGUGCAAACUUCUAUUUCACCAUAGCAGAAAUUAAUCUUUCACGCCUCUGAGUAUGGGUAAGUUAUACGAUGACGACGUGAAUCACCCCCGCAGUAUUUGUUUUAUAAUGGAAAUUGCACACGAGCUUUGCAACAAUUUGUUGAGUUUUAUGGUGUGGAAAUUACUGUGCUGCCAUUAAGAACAGUGUACAAGAAGUACAUAGAACUGUAUUUUCAGUAUUUCUGCGUUUUUAUCUUUUGUUCUGUUUCUUCCAUUGCGUACAUGCAGCGAUUGCUUAUAGUACUUAACAAAGAAGUAUGCUCUUUUCUGCAGUUAACGUUCCUAAUUAUCACCUUUAAACUACCUUACCCGACUGGAUUUGACGGCAUUAAUUUUGCUUACGCUUCAAUCAAGUACAUUGUAAAGCUCUGCUGUUAAACUGGAAUGUGUAUGGAUCUUAUUUAGCUGGGUGAGACGUCACUUUCAGCUUGUGUAAUUAACAACAAGCUUAUGUACGACGUUAAGCUUAGGCGGGCCUAUCAGCUUUUGAUGUGCCAGUAGUCUACUUUUGUGUCCUGCGUCAUCUGUCCCAUCAAAGAUCCUUGCCAUGGGCAGGAUACGGAAUUUACCUGCCUCCUCUGUAUGUAGUCGUAACUUUGCAAAUGUGAUUCCACUUCUGCGCCACCUACAUCUAUAGUACGGCAGCUGGGUUGCAGGGAUGUCUGCCUUCCCAACCAAAGGGUUUCCGACUGGGCAUUGCAUCCUGGGAAUGAGUGUCACGAGUUGUUGCACUGUCAUCCCCUCUUUUUGUACAUAGCGAUGAUGUGACUGAGAUGUCCUUGUGCAAACAUGCGACGUUUUUUUUUUGUAUGCACGGCCACCCACCCGCCCACUCGGUGUGCAUCAUCUGUAGCUUCAGUCGUGUCAUAGCGCAGAGUGCCAUAUGUUGAACGCUGCAUACGCAUAUUUUUGUUCUCUGGCAUGCCAGAGAAUUUUGUUCGCGGCUUUAUGCUCCAAUGCUGAAUUCCACUGUGCCUUGUAGAACGAGAGUUAUUAGCUUUACGAGGUGGCGUUCUCACUGGGCUGUGGUACGGAAUAUCCGUGGUCGUCCGACUGCGCGUCUAAUUUUCUUUAUGAUGGACACAAUAGCGAGUUUUUGUACAGCGUACAUUGUGUCUGUAACGGCGUUGCAUACGUAAGAACAUUACAUUUCGCAUGGAGUGUGUGCACAGAACUUAUUUUGAAUUCAAGCAGCAAGCACCAAAACAAGGGGAAAAAAAUGCUUUUUGGACUAAAAUAUACACGAAGAUUGUAAAAUCAGCGUUCCUGUUUCGUGCGUGGAUACCUCGCUGGAAGCCAGACUUGAAAUCCAUUGGAAGCCAUUAACUGUUUUUGUAGGUGCGCAAUGUUUCAGAAAUGUUUGUGAAAAAUUUUGUUUCAGGUAAUCUGUGAAGAUUUGCCACUUAUACAUUUAAAAUGUAGAAUUGAUGCUGAAAUGGUAACUCUGCUUCUAAGUCUGUCCUUUUUUCACCUUCUCAAUAUUUUCCCCCUGUUUUGUGUUUUUCAUGCCAAAUAACGUGCAAUAUGAUACAAUGCAAUCCAUAAGUCGAAUCUGCAUUCUAGUCGCUUGCCAAGUUUGUGACAACGUAUUGCUCGUCAUCAUUUAUUGGAAACAGCACUACACUCCUAUUUUACCAUGGUUUUAGGUCUUAUUUUUCAUGAUUUUGCGUGUGCAAAUAGCUUUCACAGCCCAGUGAGAAGUGGAAGAGUGUGUUUCUAUGUCAUGGAAAAUGUGUGCCGUAUAUUUUAAUUGCCAUUAUCUUGGAGUAAUUAAUGUCAUCACACCUUGAAUCUUUGUAAGCCACUGGCAUGGAGUUGCGUCAAGCGUCUUGUGAUUCACCCGCUUCUUGUAAUAUCGUUGAACGCGUUUUUUUCUCCCACUUUUGAGAGUUGUGCUGUUUUUUAAGGAGCCUCCACCAAGUGUCAUGAAAUUUUUAAAAUGUCUUUUUUGAGGCUACAUUUGUUGCUAGUUUUGUUUGUUGAUAUUUACUAUGUAACCUGUGCAAUUUGCUCAAGCCAAAGUGUCUAACAAGGUCAUUUUGUUGAAUGUUCCCUACGUGGAACGUUCAGGAGUUAAAAAAACAGUUAAUUUCCAGCAUUAUUUCCGGUGGCAUUAACAAGUGUUGCGCAGGGUGCAUUCUCCACUUCAUGAAGGACACAGUUAACAGACCUGUUCGUUUUCCUUUGAAGUGCAGUGGUAUAUUUGAUUCCCUGUACAGUGAAUAAACAUUUUUUUUUUU